CUCUCCCCUGCGUCUCUACAGGCCAUUCGCUGCACUCUGGUGAACUGCACCUGUGAGUGUUUCCAGCCAGGAAAGAUCCACCUGCGUACAUGUGACCAGUGCAAGCACGGCUGGGUGGCUCACGCACUGGACAAGCUGAGCACGCAGCACCUGUACCACCCCACCCAGGUGGAGAUAGUUCAGUCCAACGUGGUGUUUGACAUCAGCAGCCUGAUGCUGUACGGGACCCAGGCGGUGCCGGUCAGACUGAAGAUCCUGCUGGACCGUUUGUUCAGUGUUCUGAAGCAGGAGGAGGUGCUCCACAUACUGCACGGCCUGGGCUGGACCCUGAGGGACUAUGUCAGGGGUUACAUACUGCAGGUAGGCUCUGAUACAGACGUGUGUUACUAGAACCGUACUAGCUAAACACACAGGAACACGUAAUAGACAUUCACAGUG